AUGUCUACCGAUCUCGAAUGGCUGCUCCUCCGCAACAAUAACUCCUUCAUGGUCAAGCGUGUCGAGGAGGGACCCAUUUUCUCCAAGGAGCCCGCCAAUCUCAGGAAUAUCCACUCACACAAAUACUCCGGUCUCGCCAAUGAGAAGACGAUCGAGGUGAGGGAUACCGAGUCAGGUAUCCAGCUUAUCACCCGCAAGAAGGGCACGUCCCGGCACGCCGCCCAUGCCGGUAGUGCGACAAGCACCAUCCGACCCCGGUCAGGCGGCCGUCGCGCACUGGGCAUCACAGCGAAGCUCGCCAAGCGCGGGUACCGCCCUGACCUCCGGCAAGCUGCUCUCGCUCGCGUUUCUGCCGUGCUCGCUGCGCAAAAGGAGAAGAAGCCUACACCACCAAAGAAGAUCCGCGGGAAGAAGGCAAAGGGUUUCGGUCUCGCAUGA